AAGUGAGUGGGAGUAAGGCAGUCUUACUGAGGGAGAGAGAGAGAGAGAGACAGCCAGCCUGGGGCUGCAGGGUAGCGGGAACCCUCACUCCCAACCAGAAACUGCAACCACAAGUUACUCACAGCUCGCCAUGCCCUGGAGGAAGCUGCUGCCGCCCCCUGUCUCGGCUGCCCCUCGCUGGGUGAUGCCCCUCUGCCUGUCCUCGGUUGCCCUCCUGCUGUUGGGGCUGGCGGUGGUGCCCGUCUGGAGCCCGGGGUCGGAGCUCGGGAGCCGGCAGCGGCUGCAGCAGCACCAGGCGCCCGGGGAACAGCGCUCCGCCGCCGGUAGCAGCAUGAGGGCGGAGAGUGGCUCAGCCCGGAGCCGGAGCAUGGAGACUUGCUGCCCGGGAUCCCCCCUUCAGGACAGGCGGAAGUCACUUCGAUGGCACAUUGAACUCCAACCGUGGGCCAGUCCAUCUCACUCCCUGGAGGAAGAGGCUGUUCGCUUCCUGACCUAUAUCAGCAGUUCUCAGAUUUCCUGUAAUAAGCCAAAUGAGGAGAUUGACGGUCUGGAACUCAGCCAGGAACCAUGGCCUGUUUGUCUGGACAGUGCUUUUCACCUUGUUCAGCAGAUCCGCAGAAAACAGUGCAGGGUUUACUCAGUCGGAUUGGGGAGCGGAGACAAACGUUUUGAAGUGGAAAUAGCCAAAGCUGGAUGUGAGGUUCAUUACUUUGACCCGAGUCUCAGUGAGGCCCACGUUCAGAAGAGUGAAGGUUACUGGCACCAUCGCAUGGCAAUCGACUGGAGAGACCCCAACCCAGCCGUCAUCGCCCAGAAACAGCGCAGAACUACCAAAAGGUUGGCCACUAUUAUGAACGAAUUUGGUCACAGGAAGGUUGAUGUGCUCAAGGCUGACGUGGAGAGUGCAGAGUGGAAGAUGCUUGAAAACCUCAUUCUGGAGAAUGUCAUUGAAGAAAUUGGACAAUUGAUUUUUGCAAUUCAUUUACACUGGCCUGGGUUUGAGAUUGGUGGAAAUGACAGUGAUGUUGUCCGGUUUUGGUAUAGCCUUCUGAAGGAGCUAGAACUGAGGAACUUCAAGCUUUUCCACAGUUAUAAGGAUAUAAAUAAGCCACAAAUCUUCCUACGAAAGCAGGCUUUCAAUGCUAGUAGCAGCUACAUACUAAGCUGGAUUAACACCCAGUGGAGAUAGCAUUGAAUGAGGAGAUAACGUCUUGGCAACAAACUGCACAGCUCCAUAUAUUUUGAGGACAGAACGGACAUUAUACUAGUAUCAUGACUUUUAAGUAUUUAAAUUAGACCCUAUGUAACAUCAAUUGAUUUGCUUCAGAGAAAGCUAUCAGAGAUCAAUAGUGUGUACCUCCCUCAGGAUAAUUAAAGAAACAGAGGAACAGUUAAAGUUGUGAUUGUGGCUGCUUAUUUCCAGAACUUACUAUGAGGCUGUGGCUUUCUACAGACAAAGGAGUGAAGAGGGUCAGUAUCUGAUUUGAACAUUACUGCAACUAAGACCUGCACAGUCAUCGUGCCACAUAUGGACCAGCUCAGAUGUGACAUGUCAAAGAUCACUGCGGAGUGUGGAGAGUCCCGUCUCAGGGUGGACAGUCACCAAGGUUGGUGACAAGAUGAUGUUUUCAUUUCUAUUUCUUUAUGUAACAUUCAGGGAAAUAAAUAACUUGCCUUUU